AUGAGAGCGGCCACAGUUGCGGUCGGGGAACGAGAUAAACAGCAAGAGGGUUACCGCCCUGUGCAUACAGAUACGGGAUGUGUGGUGCUCUGUGGUUGCAAGAGGAGGUCACGUGGAGACUGUUUCGCGCGCAAGAGGAGGUCACGUGGUGCUCUGUUUCGCGGGCAGAAGGAGGUCACAUGGGGACUCAGCGGAUUUUGUCAGAAGCUUGUUCCAAACUUGGGCAGUAUAGUGACACCAUUAACCGAUUUGCUGAAGAAGAACGCAAAGUGUCAGUGGACAGAAUCAUGCCAGGAAGUAUUUGACCAUUUGAAAUUGAUAUUAACCACCAAACCAGUUUUAGCUACAACAAACUUUUCCAAACCUUUUAAAGUCGUCGUCGUUGCUAGUGAUGUUGGAGUUGGAGCAGUACUCCUACAGGAAGAUGAGGUUAGGAUUGAACUGCCAGUUGGUUACUUUACAAAGAAGAUCAACAUCCACCAGAGGAAAUACUCCAAAAUCGAAAAGGAACGACUGAGUUUGGGGAAGUGUUAUGAAGAUGUGGGUGUACCUUUAAAAGAGUUAAAAGCAGCAGAACUACUGGACAUAGGAGCAAGUGUUUUGAAGAAGAUAAACCAAACUCUCCUCAUGGGACAGUCCUGCCAUCCCCAGUAUCAGGAGAUUGUGAGGACUGCAAAUGCUGGAGAACAGAGUCAAAGAGUAUGGUGCUGGAAAAGCACAGGCAGUCAGGCAGAGGAGCAGGAGAGUCGACAUUUUAAGCAUGAGCUGCUCAUCAGGAAUCUCAGUGAGUCUGUAUCUCACCGCACUGAGGCUCUUCAGCCGCGUCCUGAAGUGGAUCCUUGGUAUCAGCUGAGUGAACCUCCAGUGUAUUCCCUCUGUGGGAAGGAUAUCUCCCUCUGGCAGGGAGACCCAAACUGCACACAACCCUGCUUGUCUUGUCUCACCAACAUCCCUGUAUCACCAUCAUAAGACAUCCUUACUACUGAACUCAAAUCUUGUUGUACUGAAGGCCAAUGCAACAUUUGUCUUGUGAAUUGCACGUUGCAGCUGCCCUGUUUCCUUGCAAUGGUUUCCACGGAUACCCGAAUUGAUGGGAUGUGAGCAGAUUCAGAAAGAUCUCAGCAGGCUGGUGACAUGGACAGACACAUGACAACUCACUGAAAGGGUGAGAAAGAUGCAACAGUUCCGUUUGGAUGAAAGUCUGAGGGGAAGCAAUACAAACUGAAUGGUACCAAUUUUAAAAUGGGCACACAACCAGAGAGAUCUGGGCUAUCAUCU